AGCCGGUACAUGUCCAGCUGAGCCGGGUAUGUAGGUAGGUGGCCCGGGAGUUUAAAAAGUUCCAGCCGGCUUGAUGCUCGGUGCUGUCGGCCUGCAGUGACCCGAGCACCGAGCGCCGGAUGGAGGGAGACGAGCUGCAGCUGCAUCGGUGUUUACAAAGCUUCCCAAAGUUACCUCUGUGGAUCAUUGAGCAUGUGUGGGCGCACAGACUGAUGGAGAUUCACACAGUUGCGGACCUUUCCUCUUGGCCUGAAAUGGACUCCCAGCCUCUGAGCCUUGAAGAGUCGUGGAGGCUGCGCGUGGCCUCAGCUCGGGUUUAUUCCACCGUGAAGAACAGAGAUAUGGAGCGCUUUGAGGCAGCGCUGGUCUUUUUGGAAAACACUUACAGACUUCUGCCCAGACUGGUGGCUCCCAUCAAACACAUGAAGAUCAUGUUUGGCCUCAAGACCAUGGUCAUUAUGUGGAUGCUGAAGCAGGGCAGAGGAAUGAUUGAUACUGUGUUUAAAAUCAACCAGUUCUUCCCAAGUAAACUCCCUCAGUACCAAGACCACUGUAACCAACAUGAAAUGUUCUUAAUGAGGAAAAACCAUCUGGACUUCAAAGCUCUGGCACAAAGACUUGCUAUGGACAAGGACAAACUUCAAGAUUACAUUACGAAUCACAUGGAGGAGCAGUACGGUGAACAUUAUGCCCAGAAAGUUGAAGAUCGGCUCCUUCAGUAUCUGUACAAGCUGGAGACUGUCUUACCGGGAGAUACCUGCAUUGAUGAGAUACUAAAGAAAGGAUCUCCUGUGACUGAAGAAGAGAAGCUGUUGUUGGGGGUAAUAACCAAAGAUCCCAUGACCGUAAUGAUGACUCUGAAGAAACUGCUGCACUGUGAUGUUGCUUCCUGUAGUCUGGGCAGAGUUCCUCAGUCAUCCUCAAAGUCUGUUGUGCACAGCAGCUCUUCUAAAGCUCUCUUUAAGUCAACAGAAGCUCCUCGAGAGCUUCAGCCAACGGUUUUUAGAAGACAAGAGGAGGCUGACAGAGACGUUUUGUUGGAGAGUGACUCAGAUGUUCGGAGACCUCAACAAAUGGAGGAGGACGACAGAGAAAAGGAGGAAGUCAGUCGGAGAAGCAGUGAAAGUGUUGACGAGGUGACUUCAUCUCCUCAGUUCUGCUCUAAACACCAACGUUGGGUGAAGACCAUCCUGCAGGAAUGUCCUGACGAGUGCUCUGAAGAGUUGCUGCUUCAGGCCACUGUUUCUUCAUCUCCACUGCUGUUCCAGUCGUCCUCAUCCAUUACUUCAUCAUCCCAGGACAUCACCCCUUCUGACCUCAUUCCAUCUUUAUCUGCCCAGCAAAAUGCACCCAAAGGAUGUGAACAACAAGAAGACCCUGAAGAUAAACUGAGCUCUGGAUCAUCUGGAUUAACAAGCAGUACCUCACAACAGGAACCACUACCUCAACCCUCUUCAGCCCAAGACACUCCACUGCCAGCCGUGUUGUCGCCUCUGGUCCGACUGAUAGACAUUCGCUCCAUCGGUGGGAUGUAUCAUCAAGCAUCUCCAAAUAACUUCACUAGUAAGAAACCAGCAGCUUCUGCUUCCACACCUCAAGUCUCUCCACACCACCGUACCUCAACAAACAAUGCCAUACUGCCGGCAAUGCUGAAAGACUCCACAUUCGAUCAACCAGAAACCACCGUCCCGACAAAUCCCCCAAACGCAACACACCAACUGCAAACAGCUCCUUUAGAUCAGGGUGAAUCUGCCUCUACCAGCUGUCAGCCACCAGCACCAAAGUGUAUAUCCAGACUGUCAAGGAAGUUCAGACGGGGUUGUACUUCCACCAGACAGUCACAGGCUCUGGAUGGAUUCCCAUCAGCUGAGCAGUUCAAAACAGCCCCAACUACCUUCCAGACAAGUUGUUCGCCCAUGCCCGAUGACCUCAACAUCUUUGGGCCUCCUACACAGGAUGUUUCUACCUCUACUGUAUCUUCAAUCUGGACUACUAAUCUGACUACUGUUAAAUCAUCUCAACAAGUUGUCCCUCAGAGCUCCAUCAGUCCUCAAACUGAUCAGCCAUACUCCACCAUCAUCUCCUUCACCUCAAACUCUAAUUGCACGGCUGUCAGGUCUGAGACCAGCAGGGCCCGAAGAACCCGAAUGAGGUUAUCGACACCUUGUCAGACUCUGCUGCUGCAGUCCAAGCUGCUACAGCCUUGCGUGAGUCUCACCAGGCUCAGUGUUCAGGAGUGUUUCCGAAUGAGCAACGGGAGAUGUUCAGCCAGAUAUGUAGAGCCUGAUGACAACAACGAUGACGGGAAGGAGAACGACGAAGGAGACUCGUCUUUUGAUCUGAACGCUCUUUACUCCAGUCAUUCUUCAAGCGGCGACAGCGAGGACUCGCUCGUUUGCGAUCCUAACUAUAAACCGUGGUUUACAAAGAAAAGACUUCUUUUAGAGUAUGAAGCUGCAAGGAGCCUGAUAAAUACAUGAUCUUAUGACCUAUCUAUAAUAAUAUCGGUCUGAUCUAUCGGCCUGCCCAUUUUAUCUGUCUGUUUUUAAUACAGGUGUAUUUAUUGUUGCUACAUUCAGGUUUUCGUAGCAGCCACUAAGGCAUACAUGAGGCAGCUAAGAGUUUAACUGAUUAAACGACUUUAUCGAGGUCAUCGCUCGCUCACUCUCAUUCACUCUCUGUGUUUCUCAACUAAAGCUUUCUCUCUCAAACCAUCGGACACAAUCCAAAAUAAACUACUCUUAUAUUCGUGUCUCUAUUUUGCAGCUUAAAUUGUGAGCUAGAUUCAGAUUUGGAGUAUCAGAGUUUAGAUUUAGAUCAGUUUCAGAGAUAUUUCAGGCUGACUGUGGAGGUUUUACCGGUCGCAAUGUGUAGCUGCACUCCUAAAUAUUUUAAUUGGUCGAAUCACUUUGUGUAAUGUGUAAGGGGUCGGCAAACCGAUGGCUCUACUCGCUCUACGAAGCAUUUUAGCAUCUUCCAACAACUUCCCAGUUGCAACAGUCAACUGUUUUCAUUGGAAAUACACAGAUAAAACCGCAGUUUGUGAAUGUAGAAAGGUCUUUGACGCACAUCUGUUCUCAGUCUCAGCUUUGUAACUGGUUUCUGUAUGACGAAUCAGAAUAAAUAAAUAACCCGGUGGAGUUCUCAACA